AAGAUUUGAUACUAAAAAUAUAUGUUUCUCUUCUUCAAGAAGUAAAGGUCAUAAAAACGGAGUUUGAGUACCAAAGGAGUUUCCUUUGCUUUACUGUUACAUUCUCCACGGAAUAAAGGCGUUACCUUUGCUUCUCUGCGUCAACGAGGAAGAGUCUACCCACCAAAGAAGAUAGUUUUAGUUUGUGGGUUUGUUCAAAGAUGCGAUUUUUCAGUUGUUUAUGUUGUGGAAAAAGAUCUGAUGGGAAAAAGAAGGUGAAGAAGACUGAGCCAUCAUGGAGGGAGUUCACACCAAAGGAACUUCAAGCAGCCACAAACAGUUUUAAUUAUGACAACAAACUCGGUGAAGGUCGUUUUGGUAGUGUCUAUUGGGGUCAGCUACCUGAUGGAUCUCAAAUUGCAGUCAAGAGAUUAAAGGCACAGAGUAGCUGCAGAGAAGAGAUAAAUUUUGCUGUAGAAGUCAACCUUCUAGGUGGUAUUCGCCACAAGAAUCUGUUGAGUGCACGAGGCUACUGUGCAGAAGGACAAGAACGGCUCAUUGUAUAUGAGUACAUGCCAAAUUUGAGCUUGGUCUCUCAUCUUCAUUCAUCUGAGUCGCUUCUUGAUUGGACCAGGAGGAUGAAUAUCGCAGUAACCUCUGCUCAGGCUAUAGCCUACUUACAUCAUCAUGCAACACCUAGAGUAGUCCAUGGAGAUGUGAGAGCAAGCAAUGUGCUGCUAGACUCUGAGUUUGAAGCUCGUAUUACUGAUUUUGGAUAUGGUAAGCUGAUGCCAGAGGAAGAUGGAGCUACUAAAACUAAAAACAUUGGCUAUCUCUCACCAGAGUGUGUUGAAUCAGGUAGAGAAUCAUCUUCAGGAGAUGUUUAUAGUUUUGGUGUUCUUUUGCUGGAACUGGUUACUGGUAAGAGACCUGUAGAGAGGCUAAACCAAACAAUGAAACGGGGUAUUACGGAAUGGGUUUUACCUCUGGUUUACGAGAAGAAGUAUGGUGAAAUUGUGGAUCAGAGGCUGAAUGGGAAGUAUGUGGACAAGGAGCUGAAAAGGGUGGUUUUGAUAGGGCUUAUGUGUGCUCAGAGUGAGCCAGAGAAGAGACCAACAAUGUCUGAGGUUGUGGAGAUGCUGAUGAAUGAAUCUAAGGAGAAAAUGGCUUAUCUUGAAGGUAUUCCACUCUUCAACAAAAAAAACGGCUCAGAGAUUCUUUCAUAAGAGAAAGAUCUUCAGAAACAAGAAUAGAUAAAUUAUGUUAUUUGAUUCACACAAUUCUUUUUUUCUUUUGUAAGAAUCUGGUUUUGGUUUUGGUGUUCUUCAAUUUCAACAUGAUUUUAUUCACUGAUGAUUGAUAGUUGAGAGUUUGUAAGUGUAAUAGUACAUAGUUGAUAUUUAUGAUAAAAGCAAACUACAACAUUUAUGAAUUAU